AGCUUCCACCUACAUCACCGGUCAUCACCUGAUUCUUCUCCUAUCCAGAACCCCCUUUCUCCAUUUUCUCCGAUCGUGGGAUCCCUCCUUCAGAUCUGGAUCUACGUUUCUCCAAAAUUUCUGUCUUGGGUGUUUUUGUUUCAUAUUCUGCAAUUUCCUGAUGUUUGGUGCUUAAACUUGUAUGAAUUUGCUAAAAGUGAAUGAUAUUCAGUGAUUCGUUGCUUGCUACUCAGUGUUUACCACUACAGCCACCGGUCCGUAGCUUGCCCCAAAUUGCUUUCUUAAGAAUAUGUUCGUGUACCAGUCUUUAGUUUCUUUACAUCUAUGUUGAUACAGAUGGUUUCUGCCUUGUGUUUCUUCUAGUUUCAUAUGCAAUUUCUUGAUUCAUCACACCCUAGAUCAGAGACCAAAUUUGUGUUUGGAUUUUUGGAAGCCUCUUCUUCUUCUUCAAUCUCCAUGAAAGUAAAAUCGAGAUUUGAAA